AUGUAUUUCCAUUACUUAAUCUGGCUUUGGAUUCCUCUUUCACAUAGUGAUUCUAAAAUCUACCAUGCCUGCAAGAAAAUCUGUUUUUGCAAAGAAGGGACGAUGUUUGUGAACUGUUCAGGAGUCCAUGUUCGGGUGUCCAAUCUAAUGUUCCCCCCUGAUACAGAACACUUGGAUCUGUCACACAACAACUUGUAUUCUAUUCCUUGGAAAGGUCUAAGUUCCCUGUGGAAGUUGCAGGUUCUCCUUAUGAGCAGCAACUCCAUCAACAAAGUUGGGGAAAGAACAUUCAUCUCAUUGGACCAACUCCAUAAGCUUGAUAUUGGUAGAAAUGAGAUCUUAUUCCUUGGCAACAGUUUUUCAGUGGGACUUAGUUCUCUCCAUGAACUCAUUUUGGCCUACAAUAAGCUGCAGGAGCUACAGUAUAAAAGUUUUCAGCACUUUGAAAACCUUCAGAAGCUGAAUUUGCAAAAUAACAACAUCUCCUCCAUAGAAAUGGGGACUUUCCGCAGUCUCACUCGCUUGAGGCAACUUUACCUUCAGAACAAUUGCCUUCAUGCCCUACAUAAUAGAUUCUUUUCUAUGAUGCAACACUUAGAGAUCCUGAACUUGGAGGGUAAUAUGAUAAAAACUAUUGCUCCUGCAGCCUUUACUCCAUUAAGCCGCCUUACAAUACUUAACUUGAUCCACAAUAAAAUUGAGCAUAUUAAAUUCAAAACGUUAUUAUCUUUGCAAACCCCUGGAACUCACAUCUUACUCUCAGACAACCCCUGGUUCUGUGACUGUGAUCUUCAGAGAGUUUUUGCAAAACUGCACAGUGUCAGGAGGCUGGUCUUGGAUGACUACUAUAACAUGACAUGCGUGGAGCCUCAUCUCUUGAGAAACCGUCCUCUAUCAUCUGUGGAUACAGAGCUUUGUAUUGCUGAGACAGUGACCGUUCUUGUCAUAACCUUCACUGUCUUUGUAACUGUGGUAGCUGCCAUUGGAAUGGCUGAAAGGAACAGAAAGAAAAGGACAGGAAAACACUGGAGUGAGGACAGUGAGGCCUCUUACAAUGCUCAUAACUGA